AUGGCGAGGGAUAGAUUCAAAGAGCAACCUGGAUCUACAUUUCGUUUAAGACUCCUAAGUCGUAGGACUACAGAUGGUCGUCAGUACAAUAUGCCAACAGUUUCUGAAGUAGCAGGCUUAAUAAUUGGUGAUUUUAGUGAAGCAAACUACCAACGCGACAUUAUUGUAGAGCAUCGAACUAAUGUACUUCAGAGGAUCACUGAUUUGCAUCCAAGUUUCAUGUCUAUGACAUAUCCAUUGAUACACCCUUAUGGUGAAGAUGGAUAUAGAAUUGAUAUACCCUUAAGAGACUUAAAUCAGACCCCUUUUAAGAGGCAAAAGUUGACAAUGAGGCAACAUUAUUGCUUCAGGUUGCAGCAAAGAUUAAAUGAGGGGUACACUCUUCUCCGAGCUGGUAGACUACUACAACAAUAUAUAGUUGAUUCUUACAUGGAAAUUGAAGAAGAAAGAUUCCGUUGGAUACGAAAUAAUAAAAAAAAACUUAGAUCUGACCUUUACUCUGGCCUAAUGGAUGUUGUUCAUCGAGGUGAUUCAGAUUGUUCAAAAGUCGGAAAAUCAAUUAUCUUGCCUUCAUCACACACUGGGGGACCACGAUAUAGAGUACAAAAUUACCAAGAUGCAAUGGCCAUUUGUAAAUGGGCAGGAUAUCCUGAUUUGUUUCUUACUUUCACUUGCAACCCAAAGUGGCCAGAAAUAAAUAAUAUGCUGCAUUUAAUUGGGCAAAAAGAUGAUGACAAUCGAGUGGAUAUCAUAUGCAGAGUUUUUGAGAUAAAGUUAUUCCAACUAAUGCAGGAUCUCAAAAAAGGAAAACCAUUUGGAAAAAUAAUCGCAUGUCUUUACACAAUUGAGUUCCAAAAGAGAGGCUUGCCCCAUGCACAUAUACUGCUUUUCUUACACCAAACAAUGAAAAAUCCAUCAGCAAAUCAUAUUGAUGAAAUAAUAAGUGCAGAAAUCCCAGACGUAAAUAUCGAUCCUGAUGGUUACAAUGCAGUCAACAAAUUUAUGAUUCAUGGACCAUGUGGCAAGCUCAAUCCUAACUCUCCGUGUAUGAUGCAAGGAAAGUGCACAAAAUAUUUCCCAAAAAAAUUCAAAGACCAAACGAUUGUUGAUGCCGAUGGCUUUCCAGUUUACAAAAGGCGAAAUACAGGUAUCCAUGUUGAAAAGAAAAAUGUCUUCUUAGAUAAUCGAUAUGUGGUCCCUUAUAAUAGGAAUUUGAUUGUUAAAUAUGAUGCACAUAUUAAUGUUGAGGUUUGCAAUUACUCAAGAUCAAUCAAAUAUCUAUUUAAGUAUGUUCAUAAAGGGUCUGAUAGAACAACAACAACAAUGGAAUCUAUUGACACUACCGAAGAAAUAGAUGAGAUCAAAACAUAUCUUGACUGUAGAUAUAUAUUAGCAACUGAAGCUUGCUGGAGAAUCUUCCAAUUUGACAUACAUUACAGACAGCCAGCCGUCGAAAUAUUACCAUUCCAUUUGCCUGGAGAGCAUACAGUAUUUGAAGAAAAUAAUUGCACCGAAAAUGUGCUUUGCCGACCUGGAAUAGAGAAAACAAAGUUCACUGAAUGGUUAGAGACAAAUAAGAAUUAUGAGGAUGCGCGUGACCUAACUUAUUCUGAUUUUCCUACACGUUGGGUUUGGAAUUCAAAAGACAAAACAUGGACGAGGAGAAAAAAUGGCAUAGCAAUUGGAAGAAUUUACUUUGCACAUCCUUCAACUGGAGAACGCUUCUACAUGAGAAUGAUGCUCAACUUUGUCAAAGGAAGUACUUCGUUCGAAAGCAUUAGAACAGUAAAUGGAGUGACAUAUCCUACUUUUAAAGCUGCAUGCUAUGCUUUGGGAUUAUUAGACGAUGAUAAAGAGUGGAUCGAUUGCUUGACUGAAGCUUCAAUUUGGGCAACCGGAAAUGAAUUAAGGCAUCUAUUUGUCAUGAUACUCAUUCAUUGUCAGGUUUCCGAUGCAUCACAACUUUGGAAAUCUAAUUAUACUGCAUUGUCAGAAGACAUGGUUUCAUUACAAAGGAAGAGAUUCAGAAUGAAGGACCUUCAACUAACUGAACAACAAGUGGAAGCAUACACAUUGUUUGAAAUUGAAGGUAUAAUGUUGAAGAUGGGAAAAAGUCUGAAAGAAGUAGAUGGAAUGCCCCUACCUAAUUCUUCUUUGAUGAGAGACUCGGGUAAUAGAUUGGUCAAUGAAGAGCUUGACUAUGACAAAGAUCAAUUAAAAAUAUUGCAUGCAAAAUCAUUUGCUGCUCUAAAUCCUUGCCAGAAGUUAGCUUAUGAAGCAAUAAUACAUUCUGUGGAGAAUGAAGAAGGUAAUUUAUUUUUUAUCAAUGGACAUGGUGGUACUGGUAAAACAUUUCUAUGGAAUACAAUUAUUGCAAAGCUCAGGUCACAAUCAAAAAUAGUAUUACCAGUUGCAACUUCAGGUAUAGGAGCUUUAUUAUUGCCUAAUGGUAGGACAGCUCAUUCACGGUUUCGUAUUCCCUUGGAUGUAACAUAA